UCCGGGUGCACGCCCCCCCUUCCCCCGGCUCCGGUGUCGGUCGGUCCGGGUGCACGCCCCCCCUUCCCCCGGCUCCGGUGUCGGUCGGUCCGGGUGCACUCCCCCCUCCCCGCUCUGGUUAGGUGUUGCUGCAGUCGGCGCUACAGGUGGAGCCGCGCUGAUGCCCGGCUCUGAUUGGCUGCGCGCUGCCAGAAGGCGGCCGGGUGCCGGGUCCCGGGUCUCGAGCUCCGCUCACUGGCGCGAGAUGCCUGUGCUGCCGUCGCGCGUCGGUCCGUCCGCCUGAGCGUGCUGGGGCCGGGCUGAGGCGAGCCGAGACGAGACGGCGGGCACACCGGCCGUGUCUGCCAGCAUGGAGCGUGAGGAGAAGAUGGGCGGUGGGUGGCCGGGGCGCCGGGCCGCGCACAGGAUCGUCUGGAGGAACGUCGUGCUGAUGAGUUUGUUGCACCUGGGCGCCGUGUACUCGCUGAGCCUCGUCCCGUAUGCCCAGCCGCUGACCUGGCUCUGGGCUUAUAUUUGUUUUCUAUUAACGGCCCUUGGAGUGACAGCUGGUGCACACCGAUUAUGGAGCCAUCGGUCUUACAAGGCAAAACUGCCACUACGGAUGUUCUUGGCUGCUGCCAACUCCAUGGCUUUUCAGAAUGACAUCUACGAGUGGUCUCGGGAUCACCGGGUACAUCACAAAUACUCGGAAUCCAAUGCCGACCCUCACAAUGCCACUCGUGGGUUCUUCUUUUCUCAUAUUGGCUGGCUGUUUGUUCGUAAGCACCCGGACGUGGCAGAAAAAGGAAAGAAGCUGGAUGUCAGUGACCUCCUUGCUGAUCCUGUUGUUGUGUUCCAGAGAAAGUAUUACAGGACGUCAGUUUUAAUCAUGUGUUUCUUAAUGCCAACUAUUAUCCCCUGGUACUUCUGGGGGGAGAGUCUCUGGAAUUCAUACUUUCUGGCUUCCAUUCUUCGAUAUACCAUCUCUCUGAAUGUCACAUGGCUGGUAAAUAGUGCUGCCCACAUGUAUGGAAACAGACCCUAUGACAAGAACAUCAGUCCUAGAGAAAACAGAUUUGUUACUUUUGGAGCACUUGAUUGUAAUGGUGGUUGUCCAGUACUGCAGCAUGGAAUCAUCCUUGAUCUGUUUGUGUUCCUCUCCAAACCAUGUGGCGUAUCGGGUGGCAACCUUGCUGUUUCUUUACAAGGCGGAGUUGUCAGCUCGACUUGGUGGAAAGCGUGCCAGAAGCCUAUCUUGUUUGACUGGGACCACUCACCUCGAAGUCCGGGGAAGGAUUCCACAACUAUCACCAUACAUUUCCAUUUGACUACUCAACAAGUGAGUUUGGAUUUCGGCUGAACCUGACAACGUGCUUUAUUGAUUUCAUGUGUUGGCUUGGCCUGGCAAGUGAUCGAAAAAGAGCCACAAAGCAAAUGAUUGAAGCACGCAAAAUGAGGACUGGAGAUGGAAGUGCUUGAAAAGAAACGGUCUCAAGUUCCAAGCAGAGUUUUCAUAUAUUUAAAUUUGUUGUUACUUUGACUUGGAUAUAUAGUCAUUGCAUUCCAAGCUUCUGACAAUGAUGCAUUUUGCUUUAUGGCCUUUUCACUUUGUUUCUAAAUUUAAUUUGAGUCCUUGAGUAAGUGUGUUGACUAUAUUCUACUGACUGCAAAAAGCCCUGUUUAAUCUGCCAUCAGUGGUUUAAUGUAAUAAGUGACAGCAGAUAUCCCUUGUUUAAAGGGUACACUGUACAUCUUGCAUUGACCUCAGGAGAUUAGGGUUAAAUUGUCAGUGUAAUAGAUCGGGCUUGUGAAAUUAUCCCCACUCUGGCAAGCUGAAUUAAUGUUCUUGCAAUAAAAUAAAUGUUUGGGCUUGAAAUGAUUAAAUUUGCAAGAUGUCCAUGUUGGUGGUGUUGAUAUUUUGUAUUUUACUUUAUUCAAAUCAAUGUGACCUUUGUAAUAGAAAGUAGUUGUUCAGGAGAAAAUGAGCGGUUUUGGUACUUUGCUGUCCAAGUGUAAGUGAUUAAGAAUUUUUAUUUAAUUUCAAGCAAGUUUUAUUUAAUUCUAGUUUGGUGAUGAAUUGGAAAACUGUGAUUUUUAGAUAAUGUGUGAUAAGGAGAAACAAAGGUAAAAAUAUUUUUCUAUAUGGUUCAUCAGAUGUGGCAGAUAUUGUGUUUUAGGAAGAUAUUAAUAGCUAUUAAUCUUUUUGAGACCAAAUCAUGUAACAAGUGUAUGUUUUACAUUUAAAAUUUUUGCAUGAGGGUGUGGGUUUUCCGUGAAGAAUUAGGUCUUGUGUCUGUACAGACAAAUGAAUCAGGAUCAGCAGGAAAUUGCUUUGCUCAUUGGUAAGGAGUUAACACAGAAUUGACAAACUACAAGAUACAAGAAACAUCCCAAAACUUUCAGAUAAUGUUUUAAAAACUUUUGUGACUUAAAAUUUAACCUUUUGACUCCUCUAUCAGUUGUUGCAUGUGCAUUAGAUUUUAAAAGUUAAAAAUCAAAACAGUUACAACUCCCAAGAGCAUCACCCAACUGCCUGUGCUGGGUGGUGUUUUCAGAAACACUGCAGAGAUGGUUUUAAAAGGGGUGAUAAACCCACACACAACAAAAGAGAUUUAAUUAAUGCAAAUUAUAACUAAACUUUUGCCUCUAAUAUUUAAGCUGUUGAAAGGAAAUUGCAAUGGUUUUGUUAUCAGUGAGCUAGAUGCUGCUCAGACUGUGAAAGAGAGUUGAGGAGAUUACUGAGAAGAGGGAAGAUGAGGUGCAAGCAGGAGAUGCAUGUAUAGUAAUAUAAACCAAGUACUGUCAUAAUGCUUUAUAAUAGCUUGGCAAAGAUCCAUUUGUCCGUGGUGACUGUAAAGCAUUGUAGUAUUUAACCAAGUAUAAAGACUAUGACAAGAUCCUAUGAUGGAUGUAAUGCACCAUAUCUAUUAAGAUUGAGUUCAUUCAAAUAGAUACACUUAUUUAAUCCACUCAUCUUUUAUAUCGUGACAGAACUACACCUGGGUAAUCAGCAGUUCCUUCUUCGACUUAAAUUGUCUUAGUACUGAGUUAGGUGAUCCAUCUACUAUUCUUUUGUGUUUUACUCAUGAUAAAUCAGCAUACUACACCAAGUUUUUUCUCUUGCAUCUGAAUAAACCAAAGUCUGACCGUGUCAUUAUGAAUGGAUUUGAACACAGUUUGGUAAAUUAAGGUGAAGUUAGUAUACUGUACUGAAAUUGAAAACAGAAAGGUCAUCAACUUUAAAGAGUAAAUACUAAUGAAAUCCAUUUUAAAAGCUUAAUUUGUAUGUCAAGCAACUCUGAUCACAGCUUUUAAGAGGCAAAACUAUAAUGAUUAACCAAAGCUGUGUGUAUGUUAGCACCAGUAAAUAAUAAAAUUAUGUUGCCUGCUUCUCACAAGAGACCAAAUGUCUUUCAAAGGGAAUAUUGGGAAUGAAUUUGCUGAGCAUAUAAUGCAGGCAUUGCUUUCACUUGUGGGUUCAAUUGUGACUUUAACCUAGAAUGUGGGAAAGCAAUAUUUUGAGACAACUAGACACCUUAUUGCUUGUCCUGUAAUUGCUCUAUGCCCUGUAUAGAGCAGGUUUAAAUUCUAAGUUUUCUGGCAGAACCAAGUUGAACUUGGUGCUCAUCUAUUAGAAAGGAGGAAAUUGGCUUAGGGUUCCCACUUGGAAUUGUUAUUCUGUAAGUCCUGUUAAAGUACGAGUACAUGGAAUGGUUGAUGCUCUCAUGGUCAAAUUACCCGCUGGGUUUAUUGACAAGGUAAUCACACAUAAAUUUUUCAGCAGCAUAUUCUGGAAAUUCCUUUAAUGCUUUUUCAAACAGUGACAUUUCAGCUUUGGGACAUUUCUUUAGCACUGGUUCAGUCCUCUGCUCUGGGCAUGGUGAUGGAUGUCUGGAAGACUGAUAAUGUGAUAGCAUUGGUUUUAAAGGAGAAAUAGAUGGUCUGAGCAUGAAGAGGAAUUUCUUUAGCCAGAGGUUGAUGAAUCUAUGGAAUUCAUUGCCACAGAUGGCUUUGGAGACCAAGUCACUGGGUAUAUUUAAAAUGGACAUUGAUAGGUUCUUGAUUAGUAAGGGUGUGAAAGGUUACAGAAAGAAGACAGGAGAGUUGGGUUGAGGGGGAUGAUGAAUCAGCCAUGAUGGAAUGGUGGAGCAGAUUCAGUGGGCCAAAUGGCCUAAUUCUUCUCCAGGGUCUUGUGGUCUAGCAAAUUCAAGGGAAUCAUUGUCAAAUUAUUGGAAAAUACCAAUAUAAUUCAGAUUAGGAAUGUAUAGAUUAAUAAAGGACAGCUAGUAUAGAGGAGUUGGGUUAUGUUUGAAGAACUGAAUGAUAAUUUAUGAAGAUGUGAUAAGGAGGGUCAAUGAAGGUAGAACAUUUGAAUGUAGUCUACAUAGAUUUUUAGUAAGUCAUUUGCCAAAGUCCUGUGUGGCAAGUUGUUAGGAAAUUGAGAGCUUAUGAUAUCUGGUGGGAAAGUGAAAGUUAGGUUAAAACAUUUUGUCCAUAGGAAAACAGUGUGCCGUGCAUUUCUGCGGAGCUCUGUACAAUUUUCUUGCUUAGUUUUUUGGGAUAAUACAUUAAUAAUUGCUGAUUGAAAGAUAAAAAUUAUGAUUUAACAUUUGCAAUUGAUGCUAAGGUUGGCUAAGGUUGUGAUUGACGGUGAGGAAGACAGCUCAAGGCUGUAGUUGGUUGACUUGGGGCAUAUAUUGUGCAUGUUACCAGCUGAUGCAUGGAAUAUAAAAGUAGAGGUUAUAUCAGAAUUGUAUAAAACUCUAGUUAGGCUCUGGCAGCAUGGUAUUGUCUGUAGUUAUUUACCAGAUUACAGAAUUAUAGUUGAGAAGUUCCUCACUUUGGAAUAAAGUCAGGAGAGAUCUGUGGGAGAUGUACAAAGUUAUGAGAUACCUAAACAAGGAUGAAUAAGAAGGAUUUGUUUUGCUUGGCAGUGUGCUGUACAAGAGGACAUAGAUUCCCUGGGGCAACAUAGUAGUGUAGUGUUUAGCAUAAUGCUAUUACAACACCAGUGAUUGGGGUUUAAUUCCACUGCUGACUAAGGAGUUUGUACAUUCUCUACAUCACUGUGUGUAUUUCUUCUGGGUGCCUCAGUUUCCUCCCACAUUGCCAAAGGCACACUGAUUAGCAGGUUUGGUCACGUGUUUAACUGGGCAGUGUGGACUCGGGCCAGAAGGGCCUGUUACCAUGCUGUAUAUCUAGAUAAAAAUAACCAUGUGGUCAAAGAAUUGGGGGCGGGGGGAGAGAAUGUUGGAAAAUGUCAUUCCAGGCAAAUUAGCGGGUGUGGAACUUGCUGCCUACAAGGUGGUGGAAGCACACUUCUUACACCCCCUGCCCCCCCCAUCACCACUGUUAGAAGUUUCCUGGAAGAGCACUUGAAGCAUGACCUGAUGGGCAGUGGAUCAUUGCUGGCCAAGGUAGAAAUGGUAGAUUGAAUGGCCAUCUCUGUAAAUUCCUGUAACUUGUGACUUGCUUCCCAUGUUUUUUUGACAGUCCACAAUCUUUGGCUAUCCUCAGAACAUAGGGUAUACUUCUGACAUUGGUGUGUGUGACAAUGAAUUGUAGAAAGAUUUUUAAAAUGUAAUUUUCAAAUAUAUUUCUUUAAAACUAACUUUGGCAACUGAUGCUGAAUUGUACAUACAUUCUAAGAAAGGUAGAUACUAUAAUCAGUCUUGAAAUAUUUAAUGAACUGUGAAUAUAUUUGAACUUUGGUUUUAUUUUGCUAUAACUAAGAGGUUAUUGGCCUCAAGUAAUGUGCCACAUUCAUUUUGGAAAAGAAUCCCUUGUGGACACAUUCCUGGGACCUCGAUCCAACCCUAGAUUACAGCAGCCUGUUCGUAAUAGUGCAUGUUUGCACAAUUCUGUAAGAAGAUACUAACCAGCUUUAAACUUGUGUGCUCUUAAUGUUAGAUCUUGACAAAAGCUAGGGAUUAUUGGUUAUUAAUAUUUUCAAUCCAUCAACCACCAAACAAACAUUUGACCAAAUAACAAGAAAGGUGAAGAUGAAUGAAAUCAAAUGUCAUAUAACUAGAAUUGAUAUGACUCCCUAAAGCACGAUUCUGCUCAGUCUUUUGGAAUAUGUAUACACUAAUAUUAUUCCAAGCAGGUGUCAGGUUUGAUUUAGUUAAGAUGUAGUAGUGUUUAUCAUUUGAUUCCCACAAAAAAACCCAUAAAAUUUGACAAGUGUGAGGGUUGUAUUAUAUUUUAGACUGUUUAAAACUAUUUUGUAAAAGAAAACUAUACUAAACUCAAUUAAAAUCAAAAAUGCUGCCCAACUAGUGUUUUAUAGCAUUUUAUCAAAUUAUCUGUCCCACAUCCAACUUCUGCAUAGUGUUGUAUAUCUCAUCUGAACCAAAUCCUAAAGGGUUACCUCACUGGAAAUGGCCUGGGCAAGGACCUAGUAAAAUAUGAACCAGCUACUUACAUAAUCACAGAAUACUGGGUCUAGAAUUUGUGUAUUUAUUUAUUGCCAUAAUCAUAGGAUUAUAAAACUCGGGAGAGAAUAGUGGACUUUUGAGGCCAUUUCUGUGAUGGAAGUUUAGAAUUCUGUUCUAUGAAUACAGAAAUUAAAAGUGAAGGGGGGGGGGGAAUGGCCAGAAGUAAAA